AGGGGACACAGGCCUUUUGCUUCAUGAUGAGGGCCAGCUCCUGUUGCCAAUAAGCUGCAAGUUUCAUGUCUGUUCUUAUUCCAAGGGAGAGGGUGAGAGAUCGUGAGGGGCUGCAGAAAUGGCUGUUGGGGAAGCCACCUUCCCACCUGCCAACCUCACCUCCAGCAACCACAGCAGCUGCAAUGUGCACAACCACCACUUCUCUGCCAAAGUCAUCUUCUCCCUCUUCUACACUACCCUACUGGUGUUCGGCGCUUGUGGGAACAUCCUGGCUCUCUUCAUCACCUUCCAGCGCAGGAAGAAGAAACUUAACUCCACUGACCUGUACCUGGUGAACCUGGCCCUCUCUGAUGCCCUCUUCACCCUGGCACUGCCGGGCAGGAUCGCCUACUACAUCCUGGAGUUCGACUGGCCCUUUGGGGACUGGUUCUGCCGGGCCACAGCCUUCAUCUUCUACAUGAACACCUACGUGGGCAUCUAUUUCAUGACCUGUGUGAGCGUGGACCGCUACAUUGCUGUGGUGCGCACCAGGCACCCCGGCAGGAUUCAGAAUAUGAACCGUGCCAGAGGUGUCUGUGUCCUCAUCUGGUCCUUGGUGUUCUUGCAGACGGCGCCGCUGCUUCUGCGGCCCAUGACACGGAGAAUGGGGGACAAGCUCACGUGUAUGGAGUACUUCAACUUCGAGGAGAUCCCCAAGCUGCCCUACCUGCUCCUGGGGGCCUGCAUGCUUGGCUUCUUCUUGCCUGUGGGCAUCAUCUUGGUGUGCUAUGUGAGGAUCAACCUCAAGCUCUGCCAGACAGCCAAGGAGAACCCACUGACCGUGAAGAAUGGGCACCACCACCGGGCCUUCACUGUCAUCCUGGUGGUGCUGCUGGCCGUCUUGCUCUGCUUCACUCCCUACCACCUCAACAUCGUCCAGUUCAUGGUCAGGAAGAUCCUCUACCAGCCAUCCUGCCGUGAACAGCAAGCCUUCAAGAUGUCCCUGCAAGUCACUGUGGCGUUCAUGAACCUCAACUGCUGUAUUGACCCCGUCAUCUACUUCUUUGCCUUCCGUGGCUACAAGCGGAGGCUGCUCCGCAUCUUCAGGAAUAGUGGCUCCAUGGCCACCUCCUCCACUGCCAAGACCCCUUCUGAGAGCAACAGCAACAGCCAGCAGCCUGGCUCUGUCUCUGCCUAGUGGCACAAUCCCCUGUCUUUUGCUCCGGCCUGCAGCCUACGGACCCUCCCUGAUGGCAGAAGCCAGAGCUGGGCUGUAGAACAGGACCAGCAGCUCUGACAGGCUUCAAAGCUCCCAUGCCUGGAGCUGGGGACUCUUGCAAAGCCAUCUUGGCCAGGACACAGCCCUGCCUGGCUCCACAUGCCUGGCUCUGUGCUCAGCACUGCUGGAUCUGCCACCCUAGAACAUGGAAGGGCCCCUUUUUAUCCAUGCUCCAGAGGAGGCAGGUCGUACAAGCACUCUGGUUGGCAAACACAGCCAGGGAUUUCCCAGCAUCGCAUCCCCCCACCCUCCCAUGCCUGUCACGCAUCCCCUGCAGGGCUGGCAGUCACCGUGACUGUCCCUGCCUCUCUACUCCCUUCCUCUGCACUGUCCUCGGAGCACUGGGCAGCAUCCCUGCAGGCCUUGGGGCAGCUGCCAUGGAGCGCAGGGACUCGGGGCGUUUCAGGAAAAGGCUGGCGUGUUGCUUCCAUGCAGAGUCACCUACUGCUCCUUGCCUGCACCAACAAACAGCAGCUCGGCUCCCUCCGUGCCCAGCAUCCUGCUCUUGCACAGGGCGAGCGGUGAGCGCAGCGGGCAUGGGAGUUGCCGGAAAAGCCCUUCUUGAAGGGACAGAGGUGAGGACAUGUAUUUGCAGAGCUCCUGGAAGUGCUGCUGCCUGUUUCCCCACGAUGCCCUCCCUUGCAGCUCACGUGCUGUGGUUUCCUGGGG